GUUAGGAUCUCCAACGCCUUCUUCAUCCGACGGCUCAAAUUCCAAAUUGAUCUCCUUCUUUUAUGUACUCUGUUUUUUUCUCUCUCUUCUGUGUCCCGAAGUUCCAACCUUUGCCUUAGCGGUUAAUGGUCAUAGGCUUCAAGCAACCACCAUAGACGAAACUGAAAUCUAUUUCUGUAUUGGAAGGGCGCAUACGAACAUGUAUAUAUAAAUUUACGAAAUUUUGAAUUGCGAAUUUGGAUUUUUUAGGGUUUUGGGAUGUCGUCGGUCGAGUAUUUACGUCCAACAAUCCACAGUAGGUUCUGCUUAAAUUCGAAUUCUAAUGCUUAUCACUGCCGCCAUGGAUUGGGCUUCGUUCAUGGUCAAGCUAGGGUUUUCAACCAGGAAGCGAGACGGGUUGUUUCGAAUACGGCGGCGUCCAAGUCAGUCGCGUUGUACGGACAGGGCAGAGCUGUGAGAGUUUCGGAGAGGUUCAGUCUCUGGAACAGCCAUGGAGGGUUCAGGACGGUUAGGGUUUUGGCGAGUGGUCAGGACAACGAUUCAGGGGAGAAGAGCGAGGCGAAGGCGAGCGAGGGCCAAGGGGUGAACAACAACAAGCCCAAUUCGAGCUCGCCGGCUUCUAAUCGGCGGAGAGAGAGCCAAAAGAAAGCGAAUUGGUGGUGGUCCAAAGGAGGGAAAUGGCGGUGGCAGCCCAUAGUUCAAGCCCAAGAGAUUGGAAUCUUGCUCUUGCAAUUGGGUAUUGUGAUUUUCGUUAUGCGGUUGCUCAGACCUGGAAUUCCAUUACCAGGGUCGGAGCCAAGGACUCCGACGACGUUUAUUAGCGUGCCGUACAGUGAUUUUUUGAGUAAGAUUAAUAGUAACCAGGUGCAGAAGGUUGAGGUUGAUGGGGUUCAUGUUAUGUUCAAGUUGAAGUCUGAGCAGGGUGAGCAAGAAAGUGAAGUGAGUGCUGGGGUUAGUAAGUUUCAAGAUUCGGAGGCUUUGAUAAGAAGUGUGGCUCCGACGAAGAGGGUGGUUUACACGACGACAAGGCCAAGUGAUAUAAAGGCGCCGUAUGAGAAGAUGCUUGAGAAUGAGGUGGAGUUCGGGUCGCCCGAUAAGCGGACAGGUGGAUUCUUGAACUCCGCAAUGAUAGCUUUGUUUUACGUUGCUGUGCUUGCAGGGCUUCUGCACCGGUUCCCUGUAAGCUUUUCUCAGCACACAGCUGGUCAGAUUAGGAACCGAAAAUCUGGAGGCUCUGGCAGUGCUAAAGCAUCUGAACAAGGGGAAACAAUAACCUUUGCUGAUGUUGCUGGUGUUGAUGAGGCUAAAGAGGAGCUAGAAGAAAUUGUGGAAUUUCUUCGGAAUCCAGACAAGUAUGUACGACUUGGUGCUCGUCCUCCACGAGGAGUUCUCUUGGUGGGUCUUCCUGGGACAGGCAAGACUCUUCUUGCCAAGGCUGUGGCUGGGGAAGCUGAAGUGCCUUUUAUAAGUUGCUCUGCUAGUGAGUUCGUAGAGUUGUAUGUUGGCAUGGGUGCCUCUCGCGUAAGGGAUCUAUUUGCACGGGCAAAAAAGGAGGCACCGUCAAUAAUAUUCAUUGACGAGAUAGAUGCUGUAGCAAAAAGUCGGGAUGGAAAAUUCCGUAUUGUCAGCAAUGAUGAGCGGGAACAAACCUUGAAUCAGUUGCUCACUGAGAUGGAUGGGUUUGACAGCAAUUCUGCGGUUAUUGUUCUUGGAGCAACUAAUCGCUCAGAUGUCUUAGACCCAGCACUUCGUCGACCAGGGAGAUUUGAUCGUGUGGUUAUGGUGGAAACACCAGAUAGGAUGGGAAGAGAAGCGAUUCUAAAAGUGCAUGUUUCCAAGAAGGAACUCCCUUUGGCAAAAGAUGUUUUCCUUGGUGACAUUGCUUCUAUGACUACUGGCUUUACUGGGGCAGAUCUUGCAAAUUUGGUGAAUGAAGCUGCUUUAUUGGCCGGAAGACAAAGCAAGGUGGUUGUGGAAAAAAUUGAUUUCAUUCAAGCUGUGGAGAGAUCAAUAGCUGGCAUAGAAAAGAAGACUGCCAAGUUGCAGGGAAGUGAGAAGGCUGUAGUUGCACGGCAUGAAGCUGGUCAUGCAGUAGUAGGGACUGCUGUUGCAAGUCUUCUUCCUGGACAGCCACGUGUUGAGAAAUUGAGCAUAUUGCCACGGUCAGGAGGGGCAUUGGGCUUUACUUAUACUCCUCCGACAAGUGAAGAUAGAUAUUUACUCUUCAUUGAUGAGUUACGUGGACGUUUGGCUACACUUCUCGGAGGACGCGCAGCAGAAGAAUUUGUAUAUUCAGGUCGUGUAUCAACAGGUGCACUUGAUGAUAUACGACGAGCAACUGACAUGGCAUACAAAGCAGUAGCUGAGUAUGGUCUCAAUCAAACCAUUGGCCCUGUGUCUAUAGCAACACUAUCUGCUGGUGGAAUGGAUGAGUCAGGGGGAGGUGCUCCUUGGGGAAGGGAUCAGGGGCAUCUUGUUGAUCUUGUUCAAGGAGAGGUUAAAGCAUUGCUACAAUCUGCUUUGGAUGUAGCCCUAUCUGUCGUGCGUGCUAAUCCUAGUGUUUUGGAGGGUCUUGGUGCUCAUCUGGAAGAAAAAGAGAAAGUAGAAGGUGAAGAGCUACAAGAGUGGCUAAAAUUGGUAGUUGCACCAACUGAAUUGGCAAUCUUCAUUAGCGGCAAGCAAGAGUCUCUCAUUAGUGGCAAGCAAGAGUCUCUCAUUAGUGGCAAGCAAGAGUCUCUUCUUCCAUUGCAGACCGGCUCUGGUUAACAACUGUAUCUUGUUACUGCUCCUCAAUGUCAAGUGAAACUGUGAAAUAUGGAGUAGCUUACUGCUCUUUUGCCAUUGUCAUGUCAGUGAAUUCUUCCUCUUGAUUGCCAGCAGCUCCCCCUUACAACUUGUAUAUGUUGGGUUCAUUUUUAACAAGUGCCAGUGUGCUCUUUGUUUUAACUCACAAUUUACCAGCCCAAGCUGCCCAUCCAAAGAGAAGGGAAAGAAGUCGGGAUUAUAUCUGCACAAGCCUUCUCAAGUGUGUCAUCAAUAUUAAUUUCGGCACAACCGGGUUGGUAUCGGAAACUGUUGUACAUUGACUGUUACUUGAUUACACAUGAUCUGCCUAUCUGCAAUUGUAAUUGUUCUUGAGUUGUAUACGAUAUUUAUCAUACGAAAUAUAUAAUAUUCCUCAUGAAUGGGUUCAAAA